UAAGUCCGUGUCUCGUGCAGCGGCGCAGGCUCAACACCACAGUUACUGUGCACUGUGUCUUCUUGCACAUUACUGUUUUAUGGGAUUUUUUUCUUCAUAAAUAGCGUUUUAAUUUUUGACUUUUGAGGAUGACUAGUAGGAUAAAGCUGGUGCGGUCUCUGGUGAAGGCUGCAGCUCUGGCCAACAUGCCCAAACAAGUAGAUCACUUCUCCAAGUUCUCCCCUUCUCCUCUGUCAAUGAAGCAGUUCUUGGACUUUGGUUCGACCAAUGCCUGUGAGCGCACAUCGUUUGUCUUCCUCCGUCAGGAGCUACCUGUCCGUUUGUCCAACAUCAUGAAGGAGAUCAACCUGCUGCCAGACCGGCUGCUGGCCACGCCCUCCAUCCAGCUGAUCCAGACCUGGUACAUCCAGAGCCUAAUGGAGAUCCUCGAGUUUCUGGACAAGAACCCUGAAGACCAUAGAGACCUUGAGACGUUUGUGGAGGUCUUGGAGGCCAUCCGGAACCGGCACAAUGAGGUGGUCCCCACCAUGGCUCAGGGAAUCAUCGAAUACAAAGACUCCUUUGGCCAGCAGGACGCCGUCACGGACCACAACAUCCAGUACUUCCUGGAUCGCUUCUACACCAGUCGCAUCUCCAUCCGCAUGCUCAUCAACCAGCACACUCUAGUCUUCAACGGCAACACAAACCCCGCCCACCACAACACCAUUGGCUGCAUUGACUCCGCGUGUGAUGUGACAGAGGUUGUACGAGAUGCCUAUGAGACUGCUAAGUUGCUGUGUGAGCAGUAUUACCUGGGGGCACCAGAGCUGGAGCUGAGGCAGAUGAACGCAAACAGCAUCAGAGAGCCGAUCCAGAUUUCAUACGUCCCAUCUCACCUGUACCACAUGCUCUUUGAACUCUUCAAGAAUGCCAUGAGAGCAACCAUUGAGAACCAUGAGGCCAGCAGGACCCUCCCACCUAUCAAAGUUAUGGUCGCCCUUGGUGGAGAGGACCUGUCAAUCAAGAUGAGUGACCGAGGUGGUGGCGUUCCCUUCAGGAAGACAGAGCGUCUGUUCAGCUACAUGUACUCCACAGCGCCCAGGCCCUCCAUAGGAGACAAACACAGAGCGCCACUGGCUGGCUUUGGCUAUGGUCUGCCCAUCUCUCGGCUCUACGCUCGUUACUUCCAGGGAGACUUACAGCUCUACUCUAUGGAGGGUCACGGCACAGAGACAGUCAUUCAUCUGAAGGCCUGGUCUACAGACUCUGUGGAGAGGCUGCCAGUUUUUAACAAGACUGCGCUACGCAACUACAAGCUGAGUUUGGAGGCAGACGAUUGGUGCAGUCCCUCCAAGGAGCCGUUGGACAUGGCUGUCUACCGCGUGACCAAGUGAAGCAGUCAUGACACGAUAUGACUUUCUAGCACAAACAUUUACAAGCUGACCAUAAAAUGACCUUUAAAGGCAGGCCAUUGUGGGACCAGAACUACUAGCCCGGCAUUGGAUGGGGGCGGAAGUAAUCAAAAGUGGCCAGGGAGAUGAGAGAUGGCCCAGCAUCGCAUGCCCUGAUCAUCUAGGAAAUGUUCUUGAUUAGAGCAAGCGCCGUCUUCUUCAUGCUUUCUUUACAUGUAUGGUGAAGAUUAAGGAAGAGAGAGGAAAAAAAAGAGGGUUGACAUUGUGAGUCAAAAUGGUGGACAGUCGAAGAUGAAGUGGUCGGAUCAAGAAAGAGAGAGAGAGAGAGAGAGAGAGAGAGAAAAUGCUAAGUUAAAGGCAAGGCUGAAGCGAAGCUGCUCUGGCAACUGAAGCUAUGUGGCACCUGUCAUUUAAAAAAACUCAGCUAGCUGCUAGCUGGCAGUGCUCUCUGAAAAUGAUCAGCUAGCUAGAUCCUUUAUGCCUGUAAAGACAAAAGACCCUCUCUUUUCUAUCUGACAUACGUUACUGGUGUGCCGAGAAAAAUUUGACCACACAAUAGGCAAAUUUAGCCACACACUAAAUAUUAGAGUUGUCUUAAUGGUCUGAAAGGUCGGUGGUUACCGUCGAAUGGGUAAUUGUCAUAAUACGUUUUUAGUGAUGAUUAAGAAGUAAGCUCUAUUAGAAAAGCAGCUCCUUCAAUUAGUAAAGUUCAGUCUUUCAAAAUCACAUUUAAAGACUUAGCGGCUAAAGUGAUGAACCAUGCAGCCCUAAAUAUGAGGAACGGGCUGUUUCAUUUAGUAAAAGACCCAUUGUAAGCAUUGGGUCAUUUCAACCCUUAGUAACAUCUGUUCUAGUCUAGGCUUGCAUAGAAAAUGUUAAUAUCCGUUCAGAAUUUUUGCAUCAGUUUACAAUGUGUCUACAUGAUUUCUGCUAUUUGACAAAAUCCGACAGAAUGUGUCCGAGGGGAUAUGUCACAAAAUGACAUUCAGGUGACAUGCUGAAAUAACAGCACAUGUAUUCCGGCACAUGUAUUAUGCAAACACUUGCCUCAGAUGGAAAAGCCUUUGGCACAAAUGUUAUUGAUACUGAUUCUUUUUUUAAUUAGAGUUGUUUUCAGGUCUUUCGGUUUCAAGAUGCCACAGGAGGUUUCCCUCAAAAACAAUACGUGCUGGUGCAUUUUAACCGAUAAGGGCUUUUUUAAUUAUUAUUAUUUUUUUAAUUGCUACAGGAGACAGACCACUUCCUUUCUUUGUGUGACUGGUUUGUCUUUGUGUGAAUCAGUCAUGCAGGGUUCUAUGCAUACUUGUCGUUUUUAAUUUAGUUUGUCUCAAACUAAUUGACUAUGUGGAAUUCCUGCUUUGUUGCUGAACAGAUGUCCAGCUGCCCAGUUGCUGACAGUACACAAGAAUUAAAGAUUAUUUAGUCAGUCAUGGUUAUCCAUUAAUUGUCGGAACUGUGUGGAAAAUAAGCACCUCAGUUUGUUUUGGGGAACCUGUAACAAAUCCAAACUGAAAUGUGUGUAUUGACUGUAUGAAAAUAAUAACUCUGCUAUAAUGUAUAUUGUGAUUGACCAUGUUUAUGCUAUAGUCACUGUUAUUGUAUGCUUGAAAGUGCCUGUUUUGCAAUUUAAAUUAGAAGUGAACUGUUCAUAUUGGAGGAACUUUAUUUUUUAUAAAGAACAUUUGAAAAAUAAAUAAUUCUGAAACGGA